AUGUCGCUCCAACGGCUACAUGUCUCAACGGAGGGACAUGUACAGCUCCUCAAACAUGCACCUGCAAUAGUUACUGGACCGGUGCUUUCUGUCAAACAACUGUUUGUUACCCACCUUGCAUUAACGGUGGAACGUGCACUGCAGCUGCUGCUGGGCCAACAAAUCCGAAUUCCUGCACAUGCACCUCAUACUGGACUGGAUCCUACUGUCAAACACCUGUGUGUUCUCCGGCUUGCAGCAAUGCUGGAACAUGUAUGCGCGGUUUCAGCGGUUAUAACUAUCCGAACUACUGUGUAUGCAACUCCUACUGGACAGGAAAUUAUUGCCAAACACAGGUUUGCUCGCCUGCUUGCAUCAAUGGUGGAACGUGUACAGUUGGUACCAAUGGACCAACAAAUCCAAAUACUUGUACUUGUAAUGCUUAUUGGACAGGAACGUAUUGUCAAACGACUGUAUGUUCACCGGCUUGCAUCAACGCUGGUACUUGUACAGCUAGUGCCAGUGGCUAUAACUAUCCAAAUCAUUGUACGUGCAACUCCUAUUGGACAGGAACUUACUGUCAAACACGUAUGUAUUGCGGCUUUUUUUACUCUGCGUUAUUGUUUUGCGAGAGAAGUCGCCAGCUUUUCUAUUGUAAAAAUAACGAGAGGAGCUAUGUCUCGGUUCCUUUAAUCAAGCAUUUAGCUGAAAACCCAUCAGCUGGAAUUAUGCUCACGAAAUUAAGCCCCGGUAUAACAAAUCGAGUAUUUUGCGCUUCUUAUGGUGGCUUCUCUGGCAAAAAGAGGAAAUCUUCCCUCCUCGCACAAUUUAAUGUAAAUGCAUUUAGCUUUGAGCGAAACAAGCCAUAAGGUGCUUGAAAAACCUUCUUAAUUCGUCUUAAAUUUUUCGAAAUUUUGUCCGUUCUCCAUUCAUCAUAAAAGCUUUGUACCUGCGCAGUUCGAUAGAGAGAUGUGUGGGAAACUUUGCUAUGAGAAAAUAUGUACGAGUUAUUGUAGAAAACUAACGAUGACCCCUUCCUCCCCAACAACAAUACUAAAGAAAUCUUAACUUCAUUCGAAUUCACAAAUGGAUCUUUUCUACACUUGUUAUUUUAUUCAGAGGUUUGCAUCCCUGCUUGCA